GCCUGGCUCUCACGAUGAUGAAGAAAAAGAAGUUUAAGUUUAAGGUGGACUUCGAGCUCGAGGAGCUCUCCUCCGUGCCCUUCGUCAAUGGGGUCCUCUUCUGCAAGAUGCGGCUGCUGGACGGCGGAAGCUUCACCGCCGAGUCCUCCAGGGAGGUGGUGCAAGCAAACUGUGUUCAUUGGAGGAAGAAGUUCUCAUUUAUGUGCAAAAUGAGUGCAAGUGCCACUACGGGCAUCCUAGAUCCUUGUAUCUACAGAGUGUCUGUGAGGAAGGAAUUAAAAGGUGGGAAAGCUUAUGCAAAGCUGGGCUUUGCAGAUCUAAACCUGGCAGAGUUUGCUGGGUCAGGAAAUACUACUCGUCGCUGUUUACUGGAAGGCUAUGAUACCAAAAAUACAAGACAGGAUAAUUCCAUUCUUAAAGUUUGGAUCAGUAUGCAGCUGAUGUCUGGUGACCCAUGUUUUAAAACGCCUCCCUCUACAUCAAUGUCUAUACCAAUUGCUGGUGAAUCUGAAUCUCUGCAAGAGGAUAGAAAAGGUGGAGAGACUCUCAAAGUCCAUCUUGGAAUAGCAGAUCUUUCAGCAAAGAGUGCCUCUGUUCCAGACGUACUUGGUGCCUGUGGACAUUCUAGAACAUCAAGCUAUGCAAGCCAGCAGUCAAAAGUAUCAGGGUAUAGUACAUGUCACUCCCGGUCAUCUAGUUUCUCUGAGCUGUGCCACAGGAGAAAUACCUCAGUGGGAAGUACAUCAACAGGAAUUGAAAGUAUUCUAGAGCCAUGUGAUGAAAUUGAGCAAAAAACAGCUGAACCAAAUCUUGAUACAUCUGAUAAAGAAGAUGCAGUCUUGGAAAAACUCAACAGAUGUCCAGUGAAACAAGAUUCUGUCGAAUCUCAGCUGAAGCGAGUUGAUGACACCAGAGUGGAUGCAGACGAUAUUGUGGAGAAAAUAUUACAAAGUCAAGACUUCAGCCUAGAUUCCAGUGCAGAAGAAGAAGGACUGAGAUUAUUUGUGGGUCCUGGAGGAAGUACAACCUUUGGCAGUCAUCAUCUUCCAAAUAGGGUGGGGUCUGGAGCUUAUGAACAAGUUGUGAUCAAACGCUAGAAGUCAAACUGGUGAACUAAAGUUUCCUUGUGGAUUUAAGAUGUAGGCAGUUAAUAUAUCAAGGCAUUUUAUUCAAGCACUUAAGAAAAAGUGAACCUAAAAAAAAUGAAGUUUUCUAUCAAGAGGAAAGCCAAUGCUGAUUUCUUCUUUGAAAGCAAUCACCACUUACCAAAAGGGAACAUAAGAAUGGUGGUCUCCAGGCUGGGUGCCAGUGUGUGCCUUUGAAGUACUUGGCUUCUGUGGUCACUGCACAUGAUAAUGAAAAGCCUGCUUUUUCUUUCAAAUCACCCCAGUGGGGAAAACAUUAUACACAUCUGGGUAUAAUUUUGGUAUUCAAGUGUAAAAUCCGUUAGAGGUGCUCAACAGAUAUGGGCUCUGUGUUUUGUUUUGCUUUGUUAAUUUUAUGUUUGAAAGACAAUAUAGUUUAAACCCUAUAAAUUUUGUCAAGGUAGUUAUUCUUGUUAAGGAAAAUAUUUCAUAUUAUAUUACCUACAUAUUGUACUAAGUUUAUCAGCUCUUUUUGAAGCAAUAAUUGAUAGUAUGAGUGUUUAUGCUUUGGGAAAAUGUUAUAUCCUACAGCUUAAAUAUGUAAAGUGCUUAAUAAUUCCAAAUGUAUCAAUCAUAAAUCAAAUGACAAGUGUUUUUAAAUCUGAGAUACAUGAAAGGAUGUAAUGCCAUUAUUAUGCAGUAUAUAUCAUGACUUGUUUUUAAUAUUACAUGAGCUGCAGAACCCCCACUAGCACUAUAUGAGAGAUUCAAACUAAGUCUCAUAUCCAAUAUAUACAUAGCAGAAGAGCUGUUUUAACUCACUGAAUAUUAGGAUCUGCUAGUUUCAGGAAUCAAAAUUUAAAUCAAGAGGAAAAUUAUGGUAUGAUCAGAAACAAAGCAGCCUUUUCUAUGUAAAUUCAGACUUACCUGAAACUGCAAAUUAUUCUGACAUGGUGGUGGAUAGAAGACAGAACAGCUGCCUGACAUUACUGAUGCAGUCUGGUGGUUAUCUAUUUUAGCUCCCCGCGAUCAGAUACUAUGUUUUCUUCUUUACUAUAUUAGAAGUUAGUUGUUUUGAGGCAAGAGGAAAAUAUAACAUACAUCAAAUAUAGCUUUUAAAAUAAUAUCUGGUCUGGGCCGGCCCGGUGGC